AUGGAAGAUGCUGAAGCUGGCCGUUUGCAGCUUGGGGCACUCUUAACUGCAGUAGGUUUGGCAGGUAGAGAAGUGGAGGAACGAAUAGAUUGUUUAGCACGAGCAGGAUUGGUCUAUAAAUAUGAAACUCCUUUGAGAGUGAUACCUUGGAACACCAUUGUUCAUCAAAGGGGAACGCGUUUUCAUCCUCUAAAUUAUGUUGGAAUCGGGAAAAAUCACACUCUCCAUGCUUUGAAGGAAGAUUGUAUCAAGUUUGAGAGCCACAAAUUGAGUGGACUCAAGUGGGUGCGUGUAGAGCCAGAGGAUGGUCAUGAAAUCCACCCUACCUAUGCAAGUGAAGUGAUGAUGCAAGUCUUGAGAUGA